AUGAAAGAUCAAAAGGAAAUAGAUGUUAAAACAAUAAAUAACACGGAUGAUAAGGAAGAUCAAUCAUUGGAGGAAGGAGGAAAUAUCUUAAAUUCAGAAAAAAAGAAAGAACACAAUGAAAAUUGCUUGGAACAGAUAGAAGAUCCACCAAAUAGAAGUGUAUCAUCCAGAAUGAGUAAAAUGUACAAGUUGGAAAAUACAGUUGCUCAGUGUAUAGCUAGAGAAGCACUUGAGAAAGCGUCCAAAAUUAUUUCCAAAAAUGAACGUGUACAGAAAGAAUAUAAUGGCAUAGGAUUAAACAAUGGUGAUGAAGGCUGUGACUCGAGGGAGCGUUUAGACACAUACUGGAAAGGUGAACGUAUGAACUGUGCCCAAAGUGAGACAGACACACAACCAAAAUGGAAUUGCCUGCAUGGUGCACAACCCAUAAUGCUUGGUAAUAACAAGGAACUUCUGGAAAAACUGAAAAGCAGAUUGAUAUAA